CCUGUCGUACCUUCCGUGUCGAGAUCCGAGCUGUAUCUCGACCGAAGGGGAAACAACGUUUGCUGGUCUCACCCGGACUCGACGAACUUGAACUUGAGAAAAAAGCAUUUGCUUUACCUUGGAGGUGUUCAGCCUUGUGGUAACCGAGAGAAAGAUAGAGCGAGCGAAACACGGAGACAAAGGAGGGAUGCGAGCGACCAGAUCGAGCGAGUGAGAGGCGUAGGAAAAGGAUCGAUGAUCAGAACGAAAUGUAACGAUCGGAGAAAAAACAGAAACGCGACUAAUCGAACAAUUUUUUUAAUCAGACCAAAUAGGAUGUGCGAAUUAGAUCUGUAAUGAAGUCGGAUAUAAAAGUAGACUAUUUAAAUGAGGCUGAGAGAGAGAGAGAGAGAGAGAGAGAAAAAGAGAGAGGGAGAGAGAGAGAGACAGACAGACAGACAGAUACUAGGUAAAAAAUGAUGAAAAACUAGAUGAAAGUAGUUUGCAGAUAGAUCGUGUGGGAAGCAGAACGAUCCGCGUAAUCACUGAGCCGGCUUUGUAACCUUGUUGUGCGUUCCAACCGGACAAGCACGUAGUCGAGAGGGUUAUACAAUUGCUCGGUCUGGUUGCUUAUGUAAUUUCGUGAUACUCGUAGAAGUGUCCGUCCUGUGCUUCUCUUUCGAUCAAGGUCAUCGAAAUCGAUCGAUCCAUUUGUUGCGAGUGAUAGCUACCAAACGCGAGCAGUUUGAAAAUACGAUACAGGAUGAGGAACGCGUCGCGUCGCGUCGCGCCGCCCGCGCCCGCGCCGUAACGAGCGAGGGAGCGCGUGAAAACGGCCGAUGUUUCGCGCCCGGCAUUCCAAUGCGACCGCAACCAACAAAAUUGAUACGAAGGUGACUAAACCAAGGAGGUCGGAACUUUCGCAAGCCCCGCAUCCACCGUUCUUUUCGUAAGUCCACCACCCCAUCAGCGCCGGACAUUGGUAUAAAGCGAGGACGCUUCGACGAUUCUGCACUCAUCGCUCAACAGCCGAAACAAACGCACAAGCCCAACAAUGAUCAAGACAGCGUGCAUCGUUCUCUUCGUAGCAGCCGUGGCGUCUGCUGGAAUUCUCCACGCCCCUUUGGUUGCUUCUCCAGCGGCGAUUGCUGCUGUUCCAGCACCGAUCGUAACUGCUAGGAGCAGUCAAGUCGUAGCUAGGAACUACAAUACAUUCGCUGCCGCACCAUUGGCAUAUACCGCCGCCGUACCUGCAGCCGUGCACGCGGCCAUACCAGCAGCAUCCGCACCGAUUACCCUCGCUGCCGCCGCACCUGCUGCACCAUUGCCAUACGCUGCGCUCGCCUACACCGCCCAUCUAUGAUUUCACCCCUGAUACUCCGAUCGCCUGUCCGAAUCUCUAUUUUUAAGUUUCUCUUUUUCAUGGAAUAAAUUGCAACUUAAAACGAAAA